GGAUCUUGCAAAUGGCAUCGCAAUGCCUGUACUGUAUUUGAGAGCCAUAUCUGCUUCCACAGUGGAAGGCAAAUCAGCAGCCAACCAGCCUUCCGGUAACGCUGAACACCGCCACCUAUCAGCGCUAUUCUCAAAAGCGGGCUAGUGUCAAAUCUUUUCACGUGAUGCCCUCUGUCCUAGGCUUGGAGGAAGGGCCAAGAGGGCUGAGGGCGGUGGAGCACAAAAUUUCCGCCCACAGAAUUAGCGGAAAAAUAUAUGCCCCGGUACCUUUCUGGUUUGGCUCGCUUAGAUUCUGGUUGAUGCACACAAGAAUUGAAUUUCUUCAACCCCUCCACCAACUUUUUAGUACCUUUGGAUUCCCAACUGCUUGUACGCUGGUAAGGAAUCAUGGCUGUUGGAAAGAACAAGAGACUCUCCAAGGGCAAGAAGGGCCUUAAGAAGAAGACCGUGGACCCUUUUACCCGAAAGGACUGGUACUCUAUCAAGGCUCCUAACCCCUUCAACAUCCGAGAUGUUGGCAAGACUCUUGUGAACCGGACAACCGGUCUCAAGAACGCGAACGAUGCCCUCAAGGGCCGCAUCGUCGAGGUCUCUCUCGCCGACCUCCAGAAGGAUGAGGACCACUCAUUCCGCAAGGUUCGCCUCCGCGUCGACGAGGUCCAGGGCAAGAGCUGCCUGACCAACUUCCACGGCCUUGACUUCACAUCCGACAAGCUCCGAUCCCUGGUCCGCAAGUGGCAGACUCUGAUCGAGGCCAACAUCACCGUCAAGACCACCGAUGACUACCUCAUCCGCCUCUUCGCCAUCGCAUUCACCAAGCGACGCCCCAACCAGAUCAAGAAGACCACCUACGCUGCUUCUUCCCAGAUCCGCGCCAUUCGACGCAAGAUGACCGACAUCAUCACCCGCGAGGCCUCCAGCUGCACUCUCACCCAGCUGGUUUCCAAGCUGAUCCCCGAGGUCAUUGGCCGCGAGAUCGAGAAGUCCACCCAGGGCAUCUACCCCCUCCAGAACGUCCACAUCCGCAAGGUUAAGCUGCUGAAGGCUCCCAAGUUCGACCUGGGUGCCCUGAUGGCCCUCCACGGCGAGUCUGGCACUGACGACCAGGGCCAGAAGGUUGAGCGGGAGUUCAAGGAGCGUGUUUUGGAGGAGGUCUGAAAAAUGGGCUAUUUGUAGAGAGAUGAAGGCGCAAGGGAGCCCUGCGAGUGCUAGAUUCGCGCCUGGCCGUUUUCCCAGUCAUUUUACAUGGAGUAACAACCCAUAGGCGGGUAGGGAGGUUAGGUAAUGUCCCUAUGAUAUACUAAAAGACACUCGGAUUGCUUCUACUUUAUAUGUGUGUUUAUUUAGCCCUUGAACAAGGCGAUUUAAAAUACUGUGAAGAUGGACAGUAGUGACGAACAAUGGCAGUGCAAUAACGCGUCGGGGCGCGAGCUGUUUGGGUAAAGACAUUGAUUUUGUAGCAAGAAAAAUAUACUAUCUAAAAAUUUA